AUGGCGGACAUCGACAUCGUCGUCGGGAAAGAGCCGCUGAUAAACCGCGAGAACAACAAAAACAAGGUCUUCAAUCGCUGCGUCUCGCACCAGCAAGACGAGCUACACAGCUUCCGUAAAUACCUGAGAUGGAUGUGCGUGGACCACUCGAGCCCAUGGACGGCGAUCCUCUCCUGGACGAUGUUCGUCGUGUUCACGCUCGUGGUUCCGGCGAUCUCUCACUUCCUCCUCGCUUGCGCCGACUGCGACAGCUACCACUCCAGGCCGUACGACUCCGUCGUCCAGCUUUCUCUCAGCAGCGUCGCCGCCGUCUCCUUCCUCUGCCUCACCAGAUUCGUUAGCAAAUACGGUCUCCGACGAUUCCUCUUCUUCGAUAAACUCUGGGACGAGAGCGAGACCGUACGCCGAAACUACACCAAUCAACUCAAUGUCAGUUUCUCUAUACCUUAUUCCUCAUCUCAGACGUCGCUUCAUAUAGUCUCCUACUUCGUGAUCCCAUGUUUCUUAGCAAUGAGCGCAUACAAAAUAUGGUGGUACGCUUCAGGUGGAUCUCAGAUACCUUUCUUAGGAAACGUUGUCUUGAGCGAUACAGUCGCUUGUGUAAUGGAGCUCUGUUCUUGGCUUUACAGAACAACCGUAAUCUUCCUUGUCUGUGUUCUCUUCCGUCUCAUUUGUCAUCUUCAGAUCCUUCGCCUCCACGACUUUGCUCAGCUCUUUCAGAUUGAUUCAGAUGUUGGUUCCAUCUUGUCUGAACAUCUACGUAUCAGACGUCAUCUCAGAAUCAUCAGCCAUAGAUAUCGUUCCUUCAUUCUAUGCUUGUUGAUUCUCGUUACCGGAAGUCAGUUUUCUUCUCUGCUUAUUACUACCAAAGCUUACACUGAAGUCAAUAUCUACAGAGCUGGAGAACUCGCUCUUUGUUCCAUGACAUUAGUCACUGCACUGCUCAUACUAUUACGAAGUGCAUCAAAGAUCACACACAAGGCUCAAGCUGUGACAUGUUUAGCUGCGAAAUGGCAUGUGUGCGCGACGUUAGAGACUUUUGAGACUGCAGAUGGAGAGACUCCAACUUUGGUUGCUAGAAACAACCAUAACAAUAACAAAGGCAAUGAUGAUAUUAUUACGUUGGCUGAAUCAGACAGUGAGGAUUAUGGUGACGAAGAAGAUGAUCUAGACAAUAAUAACAUCAUUCCUGCUUAUGCUUUCAGUACCAUCUCAUUCCAAAAACGACAAGCUCUAGUGAGUUAUUUCGAGAAUAACAGAGCAGGAAUCACAGUUUACGGGUUUACACUUGAUAGAGGUACACUUCAUACAAUUUUCGGACUUGAACUGUCUCUUGUUCUCUGGCUUCUUGGUAAAACCAUUGGCAUUUCUUGA